CUCCUGUUCCUUUCCUUCUCUUCUCUCUGAAGUCUGGAACUCUGUAUAAUAGGGUUCUCCAACGAUUUUCCCUUAUCCACUUUACCAUCAUUGACUCACUGUUCAUCUUAAUGAGACCUGCAAUUCUGCUCCAUUAAGUCUCCUCCAUGGCAAUGGCUAUGAGAGCAGCAAACAGCUAUUCAAUCUUUCGCUCUGCUAAUUCUUCUCUCUCCGUAGUUCGAUGUAGUUUAUCCUAUUUUCGGCCCUCGCACGUGAGUAGAAACCCGAAAUUAGGGCAUCGAGCAAUGCUUUCGGAUAAGCUCAUAGUUCGUGGCAACACUCUGCGUUGUUCUGUUCAUAGCCUCGUCGAUAGCGUCAUUGAAGAGCUCGAAGCGAUUCGCACAAGGAAGCGAGGCCGUGCCAGCAGCAAAACGGGAUUAAUAAGCAGCAAGGAUCUUGUUGAAGAUAAACUUGAGAAGCAGGUGCUGCAGAAAGGGCUACUGCUGGAAUUCCGGAAAGAUUCUGAAAGGGUAUUGCUGGCAGUUGCUCAGAAACCCGAUGGGAAGAAGAACUGGAUGGUUUCCGAUCAGCAGAAUGGCAUCACAUCCUCCAUUAAACCCCAACAAAUUACAUAUAUUGUUCCGGGUGUCGAAAAUUUUGAUCAGGCAGAGAUUUUAAAUUUUAUUCAGAAAGCUCAUGAUAAUUUGGACCCAUCAUUACUUGAAUAUGCUUGGAUGGAGCUUCUGGAAAAGAACAAGUCAGUGACACCAGAAGAGCUUGCCGAGAUUAUAUUUGGUAGCAUGGAUCCAUUGGAAAGUUACUGUGCCCAUUUGUUGCUAUCAAGAGAUGAAAUUUAUUUCAGCACCGUGGAGUCUAAAAGUUCCCAUUCUGUUUAUGAGCCCCGUCCAACUGUUCAGGUAGAAGAACUUUUAAGUCGGAAGCAUGCAAAGGAGGCAGCUGAAAAGGAGCUUCAGGAGUUUGUACAGCUAUUGAUAUCUGCCAAGGCAAUGCCUUCACAUUCUAAACCUCCUAAGAAGUCAUGGAUGGUGGAAGAGAAUAUUUGUCAAAGGAUUGAAUCUCUCGAGGCUUAUGCUAUUGAUGCAUGCAAAACAGAUGACCAAAAGAAAAUGGCUGGAGUGAUCCUUAAGGCGAUGGGACUGCCGAAGAUGUCAUCUUCUGCUUUAAAUCUCCUCAUUGAUAUUGGGUAUUUCCCUGUACAUGUUAACCUUGAUCUCUUGAAGUUCAACAUCCGUACUGAAUAUUCAGAUGAGAUUAUGUCAGCCGCUGAAAGCCUUUUGUCAGACUCACCUGAUCUGGACAUGAUGGUCCGGAAAGAUGUUACACACCUGAAGGUCUAUGCUAUUGAUGUUGAUGAAGCUGACGAGCUUGAUGAUGCCCUAAGUGCAACAAGGCUUCCAGAUGGCCAGAUCAAAGUUUGGAUACAUGUUGCUGAUCCGACUAGCUUGGUUCAACCUGGAAGCAUAAUUGACAGAGAGGCAAUGAGAAGAGGGACAUCUAUUUUCUUGCCAACUGCCACUUUUCCUAUGUUCCCGGAGAAACUUGCAAUGGAGGGAAUGAGCUUAAAACAAGGAAAAGUUUGCAAUGCUGUCACAGUAUCUGUUACACUGCAUCCUGAUGGCAGCAUUGCAGAAUACACAGUAGAUAACUCAAUCAUCAGACCUACCUAUAUGUUAACAUAUGAGAGUGCAUCUGAGUUGCUUCGCUUGAACCUGGAAGAGGAGGCUGAACUGAGAAUUCUUUCCGAGGCUGCUGCCCUCCGGUUACAAUGGCGACGCCAACAGGGUGCCAUUGACACAACCACAAUAGAAGCACGUGUCAAGGUGGCUAAUCCAGAUGAACCAGAGCCAUCCAUCAAUCUCUAUGUUGAAAAUCAAGCAGAUCCUGCUAUGCGACUUGUCUCAGAGAUGAUGAUACUGUGUGGAGAAGUUAUAGCCACCUUUGGUUCUUCCAACAACAUACCUUUACCUUACAGGGGACAGCCUCAGUCAAACAUUGAUUCAUCUAUAUUUGCCCAUCUCCCAGAAGGACCUGUUAGAAGCUCUGCAUAUGUUAAAAUUAUGCGUGCAGCAGAAAUGAAUUUCAGGAGUCCUAUACGCCAUGGUAUCUUGGGGAUUCCUGGUUAUGUGCAGUUUACAUCUCCAAUCCGCAGAUACAUGGAUCUUCUUGCUCACUAUCAGGUGAAAGGCUUUCUUAGAGGAGAUGCUCCUCCUUUUUCAGCUGGUCAGUUGGAAGGGAUGGCAUCACUGAUAAACAUGCAUGUUAGAGUAGCGAAGAGACUCUUCAACAGCAGCCUUCGGUAUUGGUUAUUAGAGUUCCUGAGAAGGCAACCCAAAGAAAAGAAAUUCCGUGCCUUGAUCCUUAGAUUUAUCAAAGAUCGAAUGGCAGCCUUACUGUUGAUGGAGGUUGGAAUUCAAGCUUCUUCUUGGGUAUCCGUGGGUGUACAAAUUGGAGAUGAAAUAGAAGUUAAGGUGGAAGAAGCUCAUCCACGUGAUGAUGCUGUGUCACUCAAGGAAGUUAUUUGAGGCAUUUAAAAGGACCGUUCAAUUCCAAAAGCCAGCCUUCCAAGGACAUUGGCCCUUGAUGCUGCUAAGGUUGUCCAUCUUCUAGAUGCUCAUGAUCUGCAAUGGAGUAGACAUCAUUGCUGAGAGAGAAUCUUCGUAAUUGUUGGCCUGGGUAUAAGAGCACCUUUACUGUCACAUUAUACACCGACUCUUUAACCCUGCAAAUUGCUGCUACAUACUGGCCCCACUGGAAGAACUCACUCCUGCUAUCAGCAUGCAGGUCCCCAAGUAGCUCAGCUUGUAAACUGAUGAAUGAUUUAUUGGCCUAAUAAUUUCUGGCAAUUUUGGUUACUCUAUUUAGCAUGGUUCAUGCAUAGAUAAUGUGGUGUUUCAAAGUUUUCGACUGUUUUCUGAAGUCUGAUGCGAGGAAUAGUUGUAUAUAUAGAACAAUUGCUUCCACUAAGUAAAUGUGUGACAUCCUCCUUUUCCAAAAGUUGGUGUUCGACUUUUCUUAGAGUUGCAAUUACUCGUCAAACAGGAAUGUUCUCAUAAGCUUAACCUCUUCCCAGGAGGAAUGGUAUCCAGAUUCCAGAUGCUGGUGAUGGAAUCCUGAUCACCGUAAGAUAUGUGAUGGGGGAUGAUAGAGCAGUGGUAGGCGUGUAGCUAUGUAAGGAUACCAUUGUCUUGGACUCUUUGGGCUCUGAGAUGUGAAUCGAUACUUGUGGUAACUAUCGGCUUGAUACUUUGUUUAUCAGAGUCAAGCUGGCAUGUCCUCUUUAGGAUGAUCUGUCUCUGUUAAAUUUUCUUUUGUGAAAGUUUAACAGGUUUAAGGUUUUGGGAGACAUGGUUUGGUACAUAGCAAACAAGCCAUCUACUUUUGACCUCAUCCUUUGUCAAGAACUAUAUGUAGGCCCUGUAUUGUAUGGGAGGGGGCGUCAAGAAGCAAUAUAGUACCCUGUGUAGGUUUAUAAAAUUCAUCAAGCUAUCUACUUUCCUAUAAUUCUUCUUGUGAUCU